GCGCGUUCGCUAGAGGCUGCUGCCGCAGAGCGGAGGCGCGUGCGUCGCCUCGCUACUCUCGCGGCGAAGUAGCUGCCGCCGCCGAGACGCGACGCGGCGUCUGCCGAGGAGAGAGAGCCAGCGCGGCGGUCGCCGACGCCGCCUUCGAGCUGUGUGCCACUUCUCGGGUGCACGAACAGCUCUGCGCGGCAGCAGCAUCAGCAGCCGCCGCACCGCCACCCGCCUCGCGCCUUUCAUGACGGUCGCUCUCGCUGCCGGCCGAUGAACCCUCGCCGCCACCGCACCAGCGACACCAGCGACACCGGCCGCGGCUCGCCUCCACGCGCCGGCUCGGAAGAGGGGCUGUCGACGGCACAGCAGCGGCACGCCUCGGCGCUCGAGCCGCCGACAGCCCCACUCCUCGACGUGACGGCCGCUCCCGGAGCCAGCCGGUGCGCGCCCGACCCACGCCCCCUCUCGCACCCCUCAGACCCCCCCUGCGCGGCGCACCUAUCCGUUGUGCGCCGGCUCGAACGCCUAUCGCCAAAUCGCGACGUUUGAGCGCAGCGCACGCGUCCCACACGUCACGCGCGCGCAGGAGAGCUUGCGGCGGUGCUGUAGCGUGUACUCGCCGAGGGCAUCGCGCCGAAAACCCCGCGCGUUCCGCCCCAGCAGAGGCUGCAGCCGAUGCGACAAAAACACCACUGUAAAACGGUGAGUACUUGGG